AUUAAGCGUCGUGAAUUUACAUACUGUGUGAAUUUUUGCAGCAGACACAAUAAAAAUUUAUAUUUCGUGUUAUACUUAUAUUACAUAUAUUGUUAAUUGAUUAUUAACAAACUAUUUAUCAAGAAUGAAUGUUGUCAAAGCAUCACACACUAUUAAGGGCGAGAUGAAUGAGACUCAGGCGAUGAGAUGGCGAAAUUUCUUAGCAUUUUGGAUCCUGGGACUGUGUAAUAAUUAUGGAUAUGUUGUGAUGUUGAGUGCAGCACAUGAUAUCUUGAAAGAUAGGUUUGAACCUCCAGGUGCAUCAAAAUCAGAAGCAUUUACAAAUUUUACAAUAGAAAAUCCACGAGGUUGUAAUGAAGUUUCAACUGGUGCUAUUCUAUUGGCUGAUAUAAUGCCAUGUUUGUUAAUCAAAAUUACGGUACCAUUUUUACCGUUUUUUGUUAAUUUCCGUUUGGCUUUGUGUAUCAUCGCGCAGAUCAUGGGCUUUCUGUCAGUUGCCUUCGCUACGACCCCAUGGCUAACAAUACUUGGCGUUAUUCUCACAUCCGUUUCUUCAGGUCUGGGAGAGGUCACACUCAUUAGCUACAGUCAUAAAUAUGGAAGGGAGAGCAUUGCUGCAUGGUCAUCAGGAACAGGAGGAGCAGGAAUCGCUGGAGCAUUUUCUUAUGCAGGAAUGAGGAUGAUAAUGAAUACAGAACAAACGUUACUUGUUAUGCUACUUGUACCUGCAAUGGAGGCUAUUGCAUUUUGGUUUAUUCUACCACAUCCCAAAGAACAAUCAAUUAUAAAAUAUGGUAUCAGUAGUCAAGAGGAAAUAAUUGCUAUUCCUAAGAAAUCUAUAUCAGAAAAAUUCCAACUUGUACCUGGAUUAUUGAUCUAUAUUAUUCCUCUCUCUUUGGUUUAUCUUUUUGAAUAUUUUAUCAAUCAAGGGCUGCAUGAACUUAUUCAGUUUGAUAAUAUAUGGUUGAAUUAUGCCGAUCAAUAUCGAUGGCUCCAAGUUGAUUAUCAAAUUGGAGUAUUUAUUUCUCGAUCAUCAGCCAGUUUUAUUACAUUUAAAAGAGUCUGGUUAAUGGCUGUCUUGCAGUUUUUGAAUAUCAUACUGUUUGCAACUGAGGCUAUAUUCUUCUAUAUGCCAAGUAUUUGGAUUGUGUUUGGUUUAACUCUUUGGGAAGGUCUUCUUGGUGGUGCUGCUUACGUAAACACAUUUAUUAAUAUGGCUGAAACGAUUCCAGCGGAGGAUCUUAAAGAUUCGUUAGGAAUUGCGACAAUGGCUGACUCCUUAGGAAUAACUUUAGCUGGCUGGCUAUCAAUGUUAGUUCAUGCAGCAAUUUGCAGAAUUCCUAGACCAAUUCGAUGAGCAUUUAUUGAUGAAAAAAACUUCAUCAUAGAAAUCUGCGAUAAUCAGGCUGUUAAAAAUUAAUAUAUCAGAUUACCAUACUUAAGGUAUUAUUGUAAAUACCUUAUUCAUUUUUCUUCACUAGCAUACCCGUCCAGGUUUGGGAUAGCAGAAGAGAUUUACAACGAAAUCAUGUCUGUAUGAAAGACUUAAUAGAUAUAUUUUACACAUCGUACAGAUACAGAAAUGUAUGACUGAGUGUAUUUAAAUGAAAAUACGCUUAUUAUUUUGAUGAAAAAUUAUAAUGACUUAGAAAAUAGCUUUAAUAAUUUAAUAAAUUAGGAAUUAACGAUAAAAUAUCGACAAUAAUUCCGAAUGAUAGUUAAAUACUAUCGUGGUCAGUAUUUUAUUGAUUUUGGUUGAAUACAUUAAAUGAAAGCUGUUAUUUAAUGGACACCUAAAUGGAGUAACUAUGCCUGUUAUGUUUAGCACCUUUUUUAAGCCUUGUUGAAGCACCUAUUUCAUUUGGUAAAUAAAUGGAAAUACAUUCAAGCUAUUUAGAUA